AUGGUAGCCAGCACUUCUGGGGAUGCGUAUGGGUCAGAACAGCGCGAGCUGGCCCUGACAGCAUCGGUUGCAUCAAGUGAGAACAAAGGCAACCGUGCACACAUCCUGCAGUACGAGCAAUUGCUUAGCAUCCAGCAGGACCAGCAUGCCCUUGCAAUGGAGCGGAAGGAUGCGGAAGUCGCACAUUUGAAGGUGCGUUUGGCGGCUCUGGAGGGCCACCUUGCCCCCCAAGAUGCCGUGGCCACCGCCGUCCAGACCAAGGACGAGGAGUGUGCAUUGAUGAUGGCGGCGAAGCACAAGGAGCUUGAACUCCUAGCCGCCUUGCUGCAGAUGCGAGAGCAGCAGAUAGAAGAUCUGCAGUCACAGUGUGAGGAGUCGCAGCUGCAGCUGGCUAGCUGCAGGGCCUCGCCUGGAAGCGCGACACCACUACCUGGAAGCCAUACGGCAGGUCGACUUGAUGCUGCUGACGGCCAGACUCGAAGAGAA